GUUGCCGAUCGUGUCUGGCAAUCUGUACAACGUGCUGACCCGGUAGAUCUGCUUUGCUUCCGUCUUGCUGUCACCUUGUUCGCCUGACUCGCUCUGCUGCUGCAUUCGUCAAAUUGACGCUGCCGACAAUUUGACUUUGCUCGCUGCCGCAUCUGCUCUGUCGCUCGGACCGGGCUCCUACAGUAUGAAGGACAUCUUCAAGGAAGAGUCGUUCGCCGUGCCCGAGGGCGUCACCGUCAUCAUCAAGGCUCGUGCCAUCAGCGUUACCGGGCCGAGAGGCAAGCUCGAAAAGCAUGUGAAGCACAUUGAUCUAGACAUGAAGGUCGUCAAGAGCAAGAAGGGAGCUAUCGUCAAAUUGGCAGUAUGGCACGGAGGCCGGAAGCACGUCGCCUGCCUGCGAACAGUCCGCUCCCUCAUCGAGAACAUGAUCACCGGGGUCACGAAGGGCUUCCUCUACAAGAUGCGCGCGGUAUACGCGCAUUUCCCGAUCAACAUCAUCAUCAACGAUGACGGCAAGAGCGUCGAGAUCAGAAACUUCCUAGGCGAGAAAUUGGCACGUCAUGUGCAAAUGGGCGAAGGCGUCACGAUCUCAGAAUCAAAAGCGCAAAAGGACGAAGUCCUGAUUGAAGGCAACGAUAUCAUGUCUGUCUCCCAGUCUGCAGCGUCGAUCCACGGCGCCUGUCUCGUCCGCAACAAGGACAUCCGAAAGUUCUUGGACGGUGUCUAUGUUUCUGAGCGAACGACACUAGUGCAGGACGAGUAGAUCUACCUUGUAUGCGCAUGCAACCCUAGCUGAG